AUGAUGCAAUUGCGGCGAUUGACCACUCGAACGAAAGAUUGCCUCAUCCGACCAGAGCACGUGCUCGCCAAACGUUGGAUCUUCGUCUUCCCAUCGAAUCUCUGCGAACUCCACGCGCCGUUCGAAGUCGUCUUCAGAAAGUUCUCGAACGAGGCAUGGAACGGGAGACUUCGGCUUGAGAUCCUUGAGAAAUUUGAGAUUGCGGAUAUCCAGAAGAAGAUCCAUGAAGAGCAAGAGCGGCGGCAGAAGCAGCUGAAAGAACUUGAAGAUGAACUCACAGAGGAUGGUAGCUUACUAACACCUGAGAGAAAAAGGAUUACAUCUCUCAGUACUGAUGAGCUCUUGUCAGAUAUUCAGUCUGGAAAGCUGUCGGCAACAACAGUCCUCAAAGCCUUCCAAGCUGCUGCCUUGGAAUCCAACAAGAAGCUGAACUGUGUGACAGAAUUCAUUGUAGAGGCAAAGACAUGGGCAAAGGAGUGUGAUGAAGCAUUGGAAGAGAAGAGAAAGGCAAAUCCUCUUCAUGGCCUCCCAUUUAGCAUCAAGGAAAAUUUCAUGAUCAAGGGUCAUGAUGUGACAUAUGGAAUAGCCAAACACUUGGGAACUCCAAGUGACACCACCUCGUACUUGGUUCAAGCCAUGCGCAACUUGGGUGCUAUUCCCUUCUGCCGCACAAAUGUUCCUCAGACAAUGAUCAGGAUAGCAUGGACAGUGGUUGCAGUGAUUGACAGGAGCAUUUUUUGCAUGACAGUGGUUGCCGUAGGAGGUUUCCUGAGUCGGGAUGUCCACACCUUGGAGAUUGUCUUGAAGGAUUUCUUGGGACCUGCUCAAUAUUCUCUUGAUCCUUUGAUGCCUUCUAUGCCAUUCAAUCAUGAGGAGUACCAAAAGAAGAAGUUGAAGAUUGGUUAUUAUGAUGAAGAUGGAUUUUUCCCUGCCACUCCUGGAUGCAAGAGAGCAGUUUCUGUGGCAAGAAAAGCCCUUGAGGCUGCAGGUCAUGAAAUGAUUUCUUUCACCCCUCCUAAUGUUGCUCUUGCCUGUUCCAUGCUAUCAAAGUUCAUACAGGCUGAUGGUGGGAGCAAUUUCAUCAGGGAAUUGGAUGGUGAGGUGGUUGAUCAAUCACUGGACCUGUUGUACAAAAUAGCUCGAAUGCCUGGGAUUAUGAAGAAGAUGAUGCAUUCCCUUGUUGGCUGGUCAUCCCCAAAGACUGCCAUACACCUUGAAGGACCUUAUCUGCUGUCUCGAGACCUGUGGCAAGGAGCAAAGGAGAAAGAUGAUUAUGUUAGGUUGGUAGUGCAGGAAUGGAAAGCAGAGGGACUGGAUGCAUGCAUCUUGCCUGCCUUUCCAACUCCUGCUCAACCACAUUCCUAUCCAUCUCAACUGCUCUCUGCCACAUCAUACACAGCCAUCUUUAAUCUGUUGGACUUCCCAGUGGGAGUGGUCCCUGUGACAAAGGAAAUGGAAGCAGAUCAGGAGGCUCUAAAGGACUAUCCAACAACAGACUCUGUCUAUCGUCUCGUCCUUGAGGCCAUGAAGGGUGCACUUGGAUGUCCAAUUGGAGUACAGGUGGCAGCUCUGCCAUGGAAGGAUGAGGUGGCUCUUCGUGUCAUGUCGGACAUUGAGACCCACCUGUCUCCUACCAAAUGAUGACCACUUUUAUUCACUUCUAUCACUGUUUCACAUAUAUAACAGAUUGAAGGAACUUUUUUCAAGUAAUCCAUUGUACAGCACCAACCAAAAUAUAUUUCAUUGUCUUGUUUAUGCUUUCCUCACAACUCUGAUUGGGCUGUAUGGAGAAAUAUAACAGAAAUUUGAUAUUCCACUUUCCCCCUUAUAGACUGAUUAAGGGAGAGGGAAACAAAGGGAUGAGGUUUAUAUAUGAAAUGUGUACAUAUAACAAAUCACAAGAGUAAUAUCCCAUUUACUUGAAUUGAGACUAAGUUUAAUAUGAGUUUCUUUAUCUGAAAGUAGUAUAUGCUCUGUACAAUAAUUCUAAGUUCUUAUGUAAAAAGAAUCAGAAUGUGCCAUGGUGAUAAGCAUAUUUUCCUCCCAGUGUCAAGGUGCUGAAUGGAAAAGUUUCUCAAGACAAAGUGCAAUGAAAUUUACCCUUGUAAAUGAACAAAGAUCCUUUAUGAGUAACCUCUGAAAUAAGUACAAUUUCAGAAGAUGGCAAUAUUUAUUCUUUUAUGUAAUCAUCCUCACAUUUUAUGCUUCUUAUUCAUUUUGGAGUUUUCAUCUUUGUGACUAUUAAAUUGGCCCUCUUCAACUUGGAGCAUUGUCUUACUCCAUCAAUUUGAAAAGUUAGGCUCUGUUCAUGACAUUGAUGGCAAAAGCAAAAGUGCCCAAUCAAGAUGAAGUUGAAUCUUUGGAUCCAAGUAUUCAUAGAUCGUUUAAAGUAGUCCAGAUGACUAAGAUGUACCACAGGUAGAUAUAAUUUUUGCCUUUUAUCUCUGUUUAACUUUUUUUUGAAGCAUUUCUGUGAUUCCUGUUUGCUGCCAGAAGCUUCCUUAGGUACCCUUCUCAUAUGGAUGAAAUUUUUAUGGUCCUUCAAUCAGGAGCACUUGUCUUUGGCAAAAAGUGUUUCAUUCUUUUGUCUUAUUAGAUCUUUGUGUUUUUCACAUAGACACCACAAUGUAUAGAUUUUACUAGCUGGACCACUACUGUACCUUGAGAAUGUAAUCUUUCUUUUGACUUCAAUAUGAUGAUUUCCAUUAUUGAAGAUGAGCUUUACCUUCAUGCUGCAAGUAGCAUCAAUUUCUGUAUCAUGCACAGAGUGUGAGUGUCAUAAUUGGUCCUCACCCUAAUGAGUUCUAAUAUUGAUUUUUGUCUCCUUUUUGGGAACAUGUCUCCACUCAGGAAUUUGGUUUUCCAUGUCUUGUUAGGUCUAAAGAAUUCUCAAAAUGUUAUCUACUCUGCACCUAGCAUUUAGAACCAUCUGUCUUUUGCAAUCAUACCUGUGUUCUCAUUUGUUGAACUAGAGAUUAAAGUUUAUUUUGCCAUUUCCUGUUGUUAUCCCCAAUAAAGAGCAAUAUUCAGGGUGGGUGUAAAGUCUGGAGACAUAGGAUAUUCAGAUAUGUUAAACACGAUGUCCUUCAACUUGAAUAUGGGUUUCCAACCCCAACUACAUUACAGAAUAAACUCAGCUCCUUCUUCCGUUGACAGUGACAUUGUUAUCAGUAUUCACAAUGUUAGUAGGUUUACCUGAAGCAAAAUAUAUAUAUGUACUCUAUGAUUCUGGACUUUAUGCUUACUCUGUAUAUUAGUUUGCCUGCUUGAUGAGAUGGGUAUGUCCUUGGUGACUUGGUGCUUGGUCUGUAUCUGCUGCAUGGGAUGCUGGGC